GUCAGAGUCCAACCAAGAAGAAAUUCAGAGACAUUCUGGUUGAUGGAGAAAUGGAAUAUCAGUUUCACCAGUUUGGAUUGUCUGACAACAGAUCUUUCCAUGAGGAGUACAAAAUAACUAGGCAACCAGGUAUGAAGAGGAUAGUGGCUUAUGUCCUCUAUGGCAUCCUGGUGCUGCUGCUGUUAAUUGUGCUGAUGGUCAGUGGGAUAAAAUUUUCACACUUAAGCAAAGAAAUCACUGAUGUCAAACUUCACCUUGAGAGAUUCAGCCAUGGAGGAGACACACCAUCAUCCAUUUCAGAAACUGUGCAGGAGGUCUAUUUACAGAGACUUUACCCUGUUAGAGGAACAUGCAGGGAGGGAUGGGUGUCUUUCCAGAGAAGCUGCUACCUGCUGUCCACCACUACCGUUACCUGGAGCAAAGCAGAGGAGCUGUGCCGAACACACGGAGGACACCUGUUGGUUCUGAACGAUGUGGAGGAAGUGGACUACAUUUCAAAAAUUGUUGAACUCAGAUACAACUACUGGAUUGGACUUGUGAAGCGAGAACACGAGGAACACUGGAGCUGGGUGGAUGGGACUGACUUCAAUUCAACCCCAACUUUCUGGGAUAAGGGUCAGCCUGACAACUGGGGCUACAGAGACAACGGAGAGGACUGCGCGCAGCUUCAUGCUUCUGAAAGACGCAAACGCAAGAGGUGGAAUGAUGCCAACUGUAACCUGGCAUUCGACUACAUCUGUGAAACCAGGGCAUGAGAGGCAGCGAACCUCUCUGAACCGCUGACCCUACACCAACAUCACAGGCUUGAUAUGUUGGGGAAAAAUAGGUCAAAUUCUUAAGACUGAUGCAAAUUAUAUUUCUGAUAUUACUUCAGAACGUAUAGUGUAAAUCACAAAAAGAAAUUUGCAGAUAAGUCUGUGAGGAUUGCCUCGGACAUUAAAAAAUGACUAUGAACACAAUGGCAUUUGUUCUCCUUUAUUAAUUUUAAAUAAAGACAUACUUUUCAGU